UUGACUAUUGCCUAUUGAUAUGGUUUUGAAGUAAUAUUAGAAGAAACACCUACUUAAUAUAAUAUUUGGUCCAUGCAAUACAGCUUUUUGAGAAAUUAAACUAUCCGAUGAAAAAUGUCGGCUGGAACUUAUUAUUUCGUUAUUGUUGGGCACUCCGACAACCCAAUAUUUGAAAUGGAUUUCAUACCAGUGACUAAAGAACCGAAGAAAGAGGACAACAGACAUUUAAAUCAGUUCAUAGCCCAUGCAGCACUUGAUCUAGUGGAUGAACAUAUGUGGAAGGUCACCAACACUUACCUGAAGUCUGUGGACAAGUUCAAUCAAUGGUUUGUCUCAGCAUUUGUGACUGCAAGCCAGAUGAGGUUCAUAAUGGUCCAUGAUGCCCGAAAUGAGGACAAUAUUAAGAAUUUCUUCACAGAUGUUUAUGAGGCUUACAUAAAAUUGAUGCUAAAUCCAUUCUAUAAAGAGGACACAUUGAUCACAUUGCCUGCUUUUGAGAAGAAGGUUCAGUUUUUAGGUAAAAAGUAUUUAACAUAGUAGGUAAGUCAUUUAUAAACGUUACAACAUGGAAGAAACUAUAAGUGGUAUUCUAGCAUUAUUUAUUAGGUCAUUGGAUAAAAGUAACAUUUAAUGUAAUGAGUUCACUUUUUGAGAAAGACCAGUACUUUUUUAUUAUAAUAAAUGCUAGCUGUUAUUGUGUUAAUUAAGUGUAUCAUUGUAAUAGUAAUAACACAGAUGUAAAUAUUUAAAAUAAAAUAAUUAUUAUUAUACAAA